CCUUUGAGGCGCAAUAGUUAGACCUGUCAUUUUAAGAAGCGUCCAUUACUUUAUAAUAUCAGUUCUCACGAAGAAAAGCCAACGGACAGAGGACACGUGAGCAGAGUGAAAUAUACACUUUGCCGUAAUAUCAGUAUGUCUGCUCCUGUCUCAGGUAGGAAGACCCCAGUGGACUAUGGCGUUCAGAUUCGCUUUAUAAAUGACCUGCAUGACACUGGUGGGGGAGUGAGUGGGCAGUCUCGGAAAGAAGGCUCCAAAAAGACCUCUUCUCGCUAUGGAGUAGCAGUGAGGGUACAGGGCAUCGGGGGACAGCCAUAUGUUGUACUGAAGGAGGGCGAGAAAGGAGACUCAUAUGGAGUACAGCUGAGAACACAACCACCUGCGUACAACAGCCUGCCCAGGAGGAGAGAGGAUGGGGUAAUCCAGGGUCCGUAUUUCUCGUCUGGAGAUAACAGCCCCCUUCGUAGAGCUCAUUCUCAUGGCUCCCUUUUGGAGAGAGACAGCAGCAGCGAUGACUUCACUGACCAACUCAGUCGUCCGCUUGGAGAUGGACAGUCUGGUAGCUAUGGCAAGCUGGAUGGAGGUGUCGGAGUGGGAGCGGAGCGACCAAGAGGAAGGAUGGAGAGAAAUCAGUGGGGUGGUUCCUACCAGGCAGGGCUGAAUGGAUCUCUUGGAAGAGGGAGAAAUGGAAGCAGUCACUACACCUCAUCGGAAUCUGUCGAAAUAUCUCCACAAGGCGAGCACACACACAGCCAAUCAGCUCCCAGCUCCAGACGACACACUCCUGUUCACAGACUCGUCGAUAGGUUUGAUGGGAGCUCUGCUGUACAGUCAAGUAACACAGGGGCCUCCGCUAGGGGGCACUAUCCUGGCCUGAAUGCAGGAGACAGACCUGCGUCUGUCUCACCAUCACUUUCAUCUGUUCAAAACACAUACUCCUCAUCUCUCUCUUCCACACCUGCCUCUGCCUACAGCUGCUUGGGGCAGGGCUCAACUUCUGUUGCCAAGGUUAAAGCUGUCACUUCAUCUGUGCCCUCAUCAGUUGAGUCACAAGUAACCCCUGACCUUUUGAUGGACCAGGGCAAAAGUUCAGGGUCAGAGUUCUCUGCAGAGGAUCAAAUACAGCAGAUAAUCUAUGAUGUUCUACGACAGGGGAGUACAGAGGGAGAUGCUGUCAUUAAGCGCAGGGUUCGAAUAAUCUGUGACAAUAUUCAAGGACUGAAGGGAUCUCAGGUGAGCAGAUCUGAUGACUCCUUGAAAGAGGAGCUUGAGAAAUCUCUGGAUGAAAAUAUACAGCUGCAGGAACAGCUGGGAAGGAAGAACACAGAGCUUCACCAAAUACAUUCAGAGCUAACUCAGUUGCGAAUGGACAGAGAGAGCGCAGAGUCUUAUGUGAGAGAACUGGAGGAUCAGCUGGCAGAACUACAGGAUGAGCUGAGGAGAGAGACACACAAUAGGGCUCAGGCCGACACAAUGCACAUGGAGUUGAUGGCUCUUAGAGCUGAGUUGGCUGAGGCAGCAGGGCUCCGUCAAAAGCAGGAGGACUCUCUGAGGCAGAGAGAGAGAGAACUAACUGCUCUGAAGGGAGCACUGAAAGAGGAGGUGUCCACACAUGACAAAGAGAUUGAGACUCUCAGAGAGCAGUACAGCCAAGACAUGGAGCGAUUACGAGCGAGCAUGGAGCAGGUUUCACAGUCUCAGGCAACUAUAGAAGCGGAGCGUCACCGUGUGAACUCCACAGUAAGGUCUCUUCAGCAGCAAUUGGAGGAGAGCAAUGACGAGGGAAACCACUGGAGAGAGCAGUUCCAGUCCAGCAGAGAAGAGCUACGCAACACCAAACAAGAGUUACUGCAGGCUCGUCUGGAGAAAGAGGAGUUUGAGGAGGAGCUUAAAGAGCUGCAGGAGAAAGUGAACACCAUGAAACAUAAGAUACCAGAUCACAAACAGACAAAAACAAUCAGCCAGGAACUUGAGCAUUGUCGUGCUGACCUACAGAAGGCUCAAGCAGAGCUUGAUAAAUUAAAAAUAGAACAUGACAAGAAGACAAUGGAAAUUGUCUUAUUAAAGAAGAGCAAACAGGAGCUUGAAGCAGAGCAGAAAUAUGAGAUUGACAGGUUGAAGGACCAAUCACGAAAAGAUAAAGAAGAGCUGACAAAAGUGCAUGAGAGGGCCAAACAGCUAGCUGAACCCUCAUUAGUGGAGGCCCUGCGUGGGGAGUUGAACGACACGCGAGAGGAGGUGGAGCGACUGCGCAGUCAGCUGCUCUCAGCUGAAGAAGAGCUGCAGGCUGAGAAAGACAAACUUGGCUAUUUUCAAACCCAAGCAAACACUCUGACACAUGAGUGCAAGGAACUCGAGGAAACUAACAAGCGUAUGAAGGAGCGAAUUACACGCCUGGAGACUCAGCUGCAAGAGCGCAUGUCUCAGAGUGUUGAGGCCGAGCAGGAGCAGCAGGAGGAGACAAGGAGACUGAGGCAGCAGCUGGAUGAGUCCAGGCAUGAGAGCUCCAGAUUGGGCCUAGAGAGGGACGAACUGGCUCGUAAUCUUGAAGAGAGAGAGAGAGACAGAGACGCUCUCCGCAAGGAGAACACACAGCUCAAUGACCAGAGAAGACAGCAAGAUAGAGCACUAGACAAACUCAAUAAAGAGAUGGAGCGCUUGUCUGCAGCGUCCCGUGAGGAGUUGCGGCUCCUGCAGGCUCAGCUGGAUGAGCAGAGAGAAAAGUGGAGGAAAGAGCAGCAGGACUCUCAGAAGGACACUAAAGAGAAGCUCAGUGAGCUGGAGAGAGCUCAAAGCACCAUCCACUCCCUGCAGGAGGAGAUGGCUCGUCAAAAGAAGGAGCUGUUCUCAUGUUUUGAGGAGCGAGACAAUGCUAUAUUAGAUAAAGAGCUCCUCAUCAACCGCCUCAAACAUCUGGAGGGUGAAAUGGAGGCACACCGCACCACACAAAAUGACCGCUCACGAGACAUCCGCAGCAUGGAGGACAAAAUCAAGCAUCUGGAGCUUGAAUUGGAUGAGGAGAAGAGCAGUUCAGAGAUGCUCACAGAAAGAAUCAGCAGGAGCAGAGAUCAGAUUGAACAGCUGCGUACAGAGCUCAUGCAAGAGAGAUCCUCCAAACAAGACCUGGAGCUGGACAAAAAUGCUCUGGAGAGACAGAUAAAGGAGUAUAAAUCCCGUAUAUCUGAGAUGGAGGGCCAGUCACGUUCCUCUACUGGUGUGUCUCAGCUGGAGAGCAAAAUCCAAGAAUUUGAGGAGCGAUUGCGCACAGAGGAAAGAGAGAAGAACUCAGUUCUGUCUUCUCAGCGACGCCUGGAGAGGAAACUAAAGGAGCUGAACAUCACCCUGGAUGAGGAGAGACAGCAGCAUACAGAACAGAGAGACCAGCUGGCUCUGCGUGUGAAGGCUCUGAAAAGGCAGGUGGAUGAGGGAGAGGCGGAGGCAGAGCGGCUGGAUGGAUUGAGGAGAAAAGCCGUCAGAGACAUGGAGGAGCAGCUGGAACAGAAGGAGGUGCUGCAGUCCAGAGUUACAGCACUAGAGAAUGAACUCAAGAGAAAGAUCCAGCAGGCCAGACAGUCAGCUCUGGAGUCUUCAGUUCUUAGCUCUGAGGAUGAUGACGAUGAUGUUGGACUGUAUGAUCAUUCCAGCAUUACCUCCAUCCUCACUGAGAGCAACCUGCAGACCAGCUCCUGCUGAAGAGAGAGAGGAUAUUACAAUGGAUAUGAGGUGGUAAAACUUCAGUCUAUAGUGUUCAGGUUACCAGCACCACCUCAUAUUAAUCAGUAAUUUAAACAAAUUGUAAAAUCUGGUUGCAAUUUGGGGUUAAACUCUCUUCUUUCUAAAAAAAAUUGUGAACUGAGCAGCAGUUGAAAAACACUGUCAGUUUUGUCAGCUUUUCCCACACUUUGAGACACCUGUCAUUUUCACGGUCAGCCAGAAAUACUUCUAAGUAGAUACCAGACAUGACUUUAUUUGUUUAGACCUCAAUUUAGCCAUAGAGACCCUUUUAGUGAGAGCCUUAAAGAUUCAUUUAGAUUAAGGGUAAUUUUGUAAAUGGGAAAAAUCUGAAACCUCUUUAGAGGAGGAAUUACAUCAGGUUAAAAACAUUUAGAAAACAAAUUGAGAAUAUAAUGAGAAUAGAACUUAAUAUAACCGAUAUUUAUCCUUUGUGUAGCGUGCAUAUAGAAGUAUAGAGGUUAUUAGUGAAGUUAUGUGCAUAUAAGAAAUCAGUCAUAUAUAUAUAUAAAGGGGACAGAAUGGUGGUUGAUAUGGAAUACUGGAUUCAUAUUAGUUGAAUAUGCUGUGAAUGCAACAUUUUUAUCUUCAUGAAGGGUGGUAAAAAUUAUAAUUUUAAGAGCCCAGUGAAUUAGAACUCAUCAUGAGCACAAGUGUAUUUUUUUUAUGAUGAGAGGGAGAUAUGAGAGAUCAAGGUAUUAGUAGUGGGGAGGUGACCACACAGUAAUAGUCCAAAGCAUGCUUCCUAAAGAAUACUUGUGUUCCAGUUUUACAGUUUUAAGUGCAGUAGAUUAGAAAGAGGGAAAUAAAGGUUUUGGUAUAAAGAAAGGGAUUGUUUCAUUUUCUGCUACUCAGAAUACACUUUGUUAUUUUUUUUAUUUUUUUUAUUUACAGAGCUUAUUAAAGAAGGCAAUAAGUGAAUCAACAUUAAAUAUAUGCACUAAUGAUGCUAAAACAAUUCAUAGCAAAAAUGAGAUGACAAAACAACAUAAUCAAACAAUCAACAAUAUAAAAUACACUUCAUUUAAUAAAAUUAUGAACAAAGUAUGAGCUUCAAGUUCAGCGCUGGAUUACUUAUAGCAAAUCUUAUUUAGUAUUCUAAAAAUAGCAGAGGCAUUCUAAAUUAUCUAUAUAUAUAUGUAUAUGUGUUUUUUUGUUUUUGUUUUUUUUUUUGGUAAAAACAUCCAUUUUUCUGUUCUCACCAAAAGUAAUUAAUUAACAGGCUAAAAGUACAACAGAUCAAGGUAUUAUUUCACUAGUGUCCAGACAUGCCUGGUGGAAUGUUAUGUUUGAAAAAUAAUAAAUUAUGUAAUUCUGUUGCUUGUUUACCAUGAAUACUCUGACCCACUGUUAUUUACUCAAGGUAGAAUAUUUAAGCAAAGUUAUUUAAAUAAACUGAAAUCAGCUGAUUUUUCUACUGUGCGUAGUUUUCAUAUGAAUACUGUAUCAGGCUCACAUUUGAGUCUGGUAUUUUCAUGAUACCAAGCUGCCUUUUUCACAUCUAUAUUUACAGUACUUUAUCUAUGUACACCAUUUUGAUUCAUUUGUAUUUUGCAACACCACUACGAUGCCUUGUAAGUGUAUUGAUUUUUUUUUUCGUUUUUUUUUUUAUUGUUGUUUCAAAGUUAAUCAGCUUGAUUUAUGUAUUCAUGUAUAUUGUAUUUAUGUGUUUGUAUUAGAAUUUGCAUUAAGCAAUGAUCAAAUCAAAGCUUUGUAUUUUUCUGUGAGCAAAACUUUUUCUGUCAAAA